AUGAUUACCAACCAAUUCGGGAGGUCCCCUUCACCAGCCGCAUCAUCAACAUCAUCCCCCACAUCUGCAAAGCCAACAAAUUUUCAGCUUCCAGCGUCAAAUCCAUCAUCAAGACCAGUUUCCCCUGGUGUUGUACCUCCUUCAACUACAAAUUUGGAUGGAACUGCGGGGAUGAAUGCGUCACAACAACCACUGGCUACCCCACUUCCAUUACCAAAACCACCGUCUAAUCCUGCAAACGUUGUUCCACCAAGAACACUCUGGAUGGGCGAUGUUAGUGGAUGGUGGGAUGACAACUUCAUUGUACAACUUUGGGCUCAACUGGGAUUUUCGGUGAUGGUUAAGGUCAUCAAACCGAAACGGAAUCUUUUAUUGCGACAAAUUUCUCGCAAUAGGGGUGCACAGGCAUUGGCCAACCACUCAGGAUACUGCUUUGUACAAUUUUCGACCCCCAAAGAUGCGGAAAAUGCUCUAACGUUGAACGGUACACCAAUCCCCGGAGCAGGGGGAAAGCCUUUCAGGCUCAAUUGGGCAACUGCAGCAACUCUAGACACACAGCUGGAGCAGACCCCAGAGUUUUCACUUUUUGUCGGCGAUUUAUCCUCUGGAACGACUGAAGCACACCUUUUAUCACUGUUUCAGACACAUUUUAACACGGUCAAAACUGUGCGCGUGAUGACGGAUCCGGCUACUGGAGUUUCUCGGUGUUUUGGAUUUGUGCGUUUUACGAGUGAAGAGGAUCGAAACCGUGCCCUUGUGGAGAUGAACGGAAAAUGGCUUGGUGGUCGGCCGAUUCGUGUUGCUUUGGCCACACCAAAACACCAGAAUGGUAACAACGUGAAUCUUGGACUUGGACAUAUGAUGGGCAGAAGCGAGUUUGAUUACCCUGUGCAGCAAAAGAGUCCCAGCAAUAUUGUUGGCGAUGGAUCCUCUGGCAUGGGUGAGCCUCUCAUGGCUCAGUUUGUGCCAACACAGCGUGAAAAUGUAUUUUCUCCAUAUCCUGGCUCUGGCUCUGCACCAUAUUCCGGCGGCCAGGACCCAAAUAACACAACUGUGUUUGUGGGAGGAAUCAAUUCCAGUGUGUCCGAAGAUGCAUUGCGGUCUCUCUUUGAUCCGUUUGGAGACAUUGUCAACGUCUGCGUUCCACCAGGCAAGGGAUGCGGCUUUGUGCGUUUUACUACCCAUGAAAGUGCGCAGCAGGCUGUGAAUGAAAUGCAGGGAUUCGUGUUGGGCGGAUCUAGAAUCAGACUGAGAUGGGGAAGAAGUGGCCAACGCAGGCAGUGGAGACAAAAACAGGAGUCAAUGAAUCAAAUGUCGCCAUCGUUUGCCAAUCCAAUUAUCAUGCAGUCUCCAGGUGCACCAGUUCCACCGCCUUCUUCACCACCGUUGGGUGUUGGCAUGUCUGUUGGCAUGGGAAUGGUUGGAAUGGAGAUGGUUCCCGGUCCCCAAGGUGCUUCUCAGUCAUCCCAGGGCCCAAUGAUGGGUAUGCCUCCUGGUCCACAGAUGUUUUACGAUCCAUACUUUGUUUUACCGCAGCCUAAUAUGUCGCUAAGUCCAUCAGAGAUGGCCCAGGGCACUGCAGACGUACCAGCAAAUUCUGCAUCGGUCCCACUAAAUGGCCCACGAUCAGAAUCAGAGCAAUCUCAUCCGUCAUCCUCGACCUCUGAGCCUCUCCGGCCAGGUCAAAAUGCCCAAAUGCUGUUUGUGGAUAUGCCACAACAGUAUUUUGACCCAUCUGCACAAUUUCUAGCAGGCCAGCAGGUUCCACAAGGCGUUCAACCUCAGACAAAGCCAGAACACGAUUAA